AUGACUUCGGAAUUCCCCGGAGUUCCCGACGGAGGUGCCCGACUGCCGAGCCCGAGGUGGAUUUGUGAUUUCUCCUUUUCAUUAGGAUAGUGAUUUUUUUGUGUUCAUCGAAAAUAACAAAAUUUACAAUGUAAAAAGCAUUUUCCGUUUCUUGCACAAUGGACGAAAUAACCUCGGGACUCGAUCCCGACGAACUGAUGGACCUUGAUGAGGCAGAUGGGUCAGAUAUAGAUGAAGAAGAUGAGGAACUCAUUGAUGAUCCCAUUGCCUCAGCAUUUCUUCUGUCUUCUGGUCCUGGUUCCACAGCCACCUCUGUUGCUUCAUCUCCAAUCAAUGAGGAUUUCUCUCCUCCUUUCAAUUUCACAGGAAAACCACUGAAUAUCAAAAGAGGUCGUGGUAGACCAAGAAGAGAAGGAGGCAAACCUCUAGUCUCCAGAGCAUCUAGAGGUGGCAUAUCUGGUAUCACAAGAGUUCGUAAGCCUAGACCACCAGGUUUUACUAGGAGAGGUGGAGGAGGAGGAGGAGGAGGAGGAAACAGAAGUGUUAGGCAGCCAGAUAGAAGUGAUUUUGAAAUGUCUCUGUUCACUCCUUCCCCCAUAGAUGAUUCUAGUUUUUUGGAUCCUGAAACGGGUUCAUUUGCAUUUCCUGAAAGAGACAAACCAACAUCUAUUGCUGAGGAGCUUCCCUAUUUUCCUGAACAUUGGACUGGGAAAGUUUGUGCCUUUUGUAACUUGAGUGAAAGGAGUCAGCUAGGACAGGGUGAAAUGUUGAGGUUGAAUUGUCCUGAGGACUUUGCACCUCUGAAAGUGGCUGCUGAGCAAACUCUUAGAAAGGCAUUACAAAUGGCUGAUAGAGAUUCUGGAGAUAAAAGUCCUAGGGGUCCAGUGACUUGUAGGAGACAAAAAAGUUUCAAUAAAUGCAGGCAUCCUACAAAUAGUGAAUAUGUUGAUGAGCUCACAAUUAUUGGAUAUAAUGAAGUACCUGAUGUGUCUCUGAUUUUUGAUCCUAAUGGCCAAUUUUAUGUUCAUAGGAGUUGUGCUCUUUGGUCUUGUGGAGUUACCAGAGCAGACAAUUCAGCUUUGUUGAACGUGGCUCAGGUAGCCUUACAGAGUACAUCCAAAAAGUGUUCAUUUUGUAAUCAUUUCGGAGCCAGUGUUACUUGCAAUAUGACCGGCUGUUCCAAAAUAUAUCAUCUUCCCUGUGCCACUGCCGCUGGUGCCUUUCAGGAGCUUGUUUCAGUUACAACUUUUUGUAACAACCAUUUGGAUCGAGUAGCUAUGCUUUGUGAAUCUUCUGUUUGCUUCACUUGCCGAACUCUGGGAGAUAUAGCAAAUCUUAUGUAUUGUUCAACUUGUGGUGCACAUUAUCAUGGAACCUGUGUUGGGUUGGCUCAGUUGCCAAGCGUGAGAGCGGGUUGGCAAUGCCGUAAAUGCCGGUGUUGUCAAGUCUGCAGAAUAACGGGAGAUGAAUCAAAACUGAUGUCAUGUGAACAGUGCGAUAAAGUCUACCACGCUGGCUGUCAGAGACCUAUUGUUACUUCCAUCCCAAAAUAUGGUUGGAAAUGCAGGUGUUGUCGAGUUUGUGGAGAUUGUGGCUCGCGGACACCAGGAGCAGGGCUAUCUUCAAGAUGGCAUGCUCAUUAUACUGUGUGUGAUUCAUGUUAUCAACAAAGAAAUAAAGGAUAUUCCUGUCCUUUGUGUCAUAAGGCUUAUAGAGCUCACGCUCAUAGGGAAAUGGUGCAAUGUACAAAUUGUAGAAAGUUUGUUCAUGGUACAUGCGAUCCAGAUGCAGAUUUGGGUACAUAUCAUCAAAAGAGAGAAGCAAAUCCAGAAUAUGAGUAUGUCUGUUUGCAUUGUAAAACUAAUAGUGCUCGACAAGUGACAACAAAGAGAGCAAGUACCGAUGAUCCAGGAGAACUUUCAGCAUCCCAGGAAUCCCUUUACGACGACAUUUCAGAGUUCGACAUCACUUCGCCCGACGAAUUCGCCCGCAAUAUGGGUCUUGGCAAAGGGAAACCGUAUAGCGCCAGUAAAAUCGCCAAAAAACGUCUCGGCUUCCCGACUGGCGUGCCAGGCAGAUCGAAGGGCACGGGUAAAGCCCUGCCCGGCAAGGUCGGCUUCAUGAAACGCUCCCGCCUCACCGACUUCGGCCGCAAGCGCACUCACAAGGCCAAAAUGCGGGGCGUGUUCGGGGUGCCCGGCGUGGGCCUCCAGCGACCCACGGCCGACGGCAGGAACGACGAGGAGCCCGGCGUCGAGAACCGGCUGGUCCUCUGCUCGGCCAAGGACAAGUUCGUGCUGACGCAGGACAUCUGCGUGAUGUGCGGCGCGAUGGGCACCGAUCAGGAGGGGUGUCUGAUCGCUUGCGUGCAGUGCGGGCAGUGCUACCAUCCGUACUGCCUCAACGUGAAGGUCACCAAGGUUAUACUGCAGAAGGGCUGGAGAUGCCUGGACUGCACCGUGUGCGAGGGCUGCGGUCAGCGCAACGACGAGAGCCGCCUCAUCCUCUGCGAUGACUGCGACGUCUCCUACCACAUCUACUGCAUGGACCCGCCGUUGGAGUACGUGCCGCACGGCAACUGGAAGUGCAAGUGGUGCGCCGUGUGCCGGACGUGCGGCGCCGCCGACCCGGGCUUCAACUGCUCGUGGAUGAACAGCUGCACGGAGUGCGGCCCGUGCGCGAGCCACGCGGCGUGUCCCAGCUGCGGCGAGGCGUACGGCGAGGGGGAUCUGAUCAUACAGUGUGUGCAGUGCGAGCGGUGGCUACAUGGGGCUUGUGAUUAUAUCAGAACCGAAGAAGACGCGGAAAAGUGUGCGGAGGACGGCUACAACUGCAUGCUCUGCAGACCGAGAGACGUGCCUCCGCCUCAUUUGAUACCGCCCCCGGUCGCUCCCAAACCCCCCACACCGACUAAGAGUCCGGAAAUCACCAAGAAUACCAACUAUCUCGUGGAUGGGGUGUAUCUCAGCGAAUUCGGACAUAGCCUCAUCAAAUCUCUGGCUCUGGAGCAUCAUGGAACAAGGAAGAAGAGAAAGAAAAUUCCCACCGUUCAGGACAAAGAAGCUGGGAUUAUGGCCACUAUUGAGUCAGUUGUGGCAGGAGGAAGUGGGGACAACAUGUUGGAAGACAGUGCCAAACUAGAACUGGUUGACAUUAAAGAUGAACCACAAGAACUGUUCAAAGAGGGUAUGAUAUGGACCAAAGAAGAUGGCCCCCCUCCAGAAGGUUUCACCAUAUUCACCAUGGAAAACGGCAUAGCAGUAUUGAGACGUAAACGACAACGUAACCUUCAAAAACUUGGCAUCGGAGGGUUUUUGGUCAGAAUGAGAGGUAUCAGGUCCGGUCAGGACAACGACGAUAUCGACGUCCUGCAAGGUCAGGCGAAUUCGAACAGCGAUUUGGCCGUCCCUUUGCCCGGCGACGGAGACAAGCCGCGCCGCAAGCCGAUAAGGCGCAAACCGAAGAGCAAGCUGGUCGAGACGUUCCCCUCCUAUUUGCAGGAGGCGUUCUUCGGGAAGGACCUGAUGGACGCCGUCGAGUGCAAGAAGGAGGUGGACAGCGGCAGCAGCGACGAGGACAAGGACGAGAUGGGCAGGUCGAUCAAGCUGUCACAGGAUGAAUUGAUAGCUGUAGCUGCAGUAACAGCCAAACAAGACAUUCACGAUCUAUCUGAUACCAAAGAGAACGUAAAACAUGAGAAAUUAUCCAACAUCAAAGAAGAAGAUGACGACAAUACUGAAGACCUGAAAGAUGUAUUAGCUCUACCUGGUGAUCUUCUCGAUACCGAUCUUGUCAAUAGUAUAAUAAAUGAGGAUGACGAAGAGUUGACUAAAAAUACCGAGUCACUUGAAGCUUUAGAUUCCAAUAUGCCAGACGAUUCCGAGCUGGCCGAUACUUUAGGUAGUUCGGGAAAUUCAAAGGAUACCAAAGAUGAACUGAGUGAUAUUUUAGGGCCACAUUUUAACUUAGAUUCUAUUUCAAAUAUCAACAGUAAAGAUGUUGAAGAUAUAUUCAAGGGUGUUUUGACGGAUGAGUCCCAAGAGUCGCAAGAAAGCAAUGCCUUUCCAUUACAGGGUAACAGCCUAUUCAACGGUGGUGUUCAGCAAACUGUUCCUCAGCAUCCAGUCAUCACUCCACCCAUCAGACCGACAACCUUGCCAGCUGUCAAUCAGUCUAAUCUGAAUUCUCCUGUCAGCUUUCCCCCACCUAGUCCAUAUCAUUCAGAAUAUAGCAACAGUCCCCAAUUCAGCCCCGCCUUCUCGGAGCCGCCCAGCCCGUGGGUGGGCGUGUCUGACGCCCCCGAAAUAGACAGCACCAAUGUGGGCGUGCCGUCCACCUACAACCAACGGUCGUCGGAGAAGAUGAAGGCGGACGAGAGUCUGGGCAACGCGGCCACCAUUUCCGCCGUCCUGUACGCCAAUAUGAACCAUCCCGAGUGGAAGAAGGAGUUCCCCGUCUGGUCGGACAGGUACAAGCAGAUCAUCAAGAAAUGGAGGACUCUUAGUCAGGACCAGAAGGCGCCAUAUUUGCAGCACGCCAGAGACAACAGGAGUCAGUUGAGGAUGAAGAAGGCACAGCAGUCACAGACCUCGAAGGAAGCGACAACCACCCCAACCUCCCCGAGCGUAUCGAAACCGUCGUCCGCCAUCGCAGCAGCCCUGGUCACCUCCCUGCAGUCGGCCCUCAUCCAGCAGACGACGAUGGGCGGCGCUGCCGCUCCCUUAGUACCGCCCCCCGUAGUAGCCCCGCCCACCGGCGCAGUUACAGAGGAUCAAGAAAAAAUUGCUCUACAGCAAAAAUCUGCUAGAGAAGCAGAACAGGAGAGGCAAUGGAAGCAGCUGCAAGCUAUGAGGCAGCAGCAGGCUCAACAACAACAGCAUGUUAUACAUGAGCAGAGAGUUCAAGCUAUAGCAAGGGUCCAAAAUCAAAUCGCCACCGACCCGAUGCAGCAAUUCCUCGCCGACCAACACGGCCCGCUGCAAGCGCCCGCCGCGAAACAGGAGCCCGCCCCGGCUGCCCAGCCUCCACCUGCCGCCCGCCAUUUCCUGGGUCUCAAGUCGCCCGGCUUUCCCCACCCGAUGGGCAUGUUGAGGCCGCCCGCGCACGAUUUCGCGCAGCCGCCCGCCAGCGACGGUAACGAUCCGUUCGCGCAGGCUCCCGCUACUUCGAAGCCCGCGUUCCAGCCGAGGUUGCCCGCGGACACGUUCGGGCAGCCUUCCACGCCUCGGCCGCAGUUUCCAUUGCCCAGACCGACGCUACAGGCUUUCCCGACCCCCGUCAGACCUGACCAGCAGGACCUCACCGUCAACCGGCAGCUGCGGGACCUGCUGCAGCGCCAGCAGUUCAAAAAACUCGACGAGCUGGUGCCGGGCAAGGGCCACCAGCGGGUGUGGCCGCCCCCUGAGGGCGACGCCCCCGCCGCCGCCUCCACCGUCGUCUCGGCCGCCGACACGACGUUCCGGCAGCCGCUGCCGCCCGGCGUGGCCAGGCCGAGAACGCCGGGCGUGGCGGGGGGCAGGGUCGGAUCGGUGGGCGGGGGGGCGGUCAGGAUGGGGCAGCUGGAUGGGCGGAUGCAGGGACUGGAUCCGAGGAUGCGGCUGAUUUUGCAACAGCAGCAGAGACAGCUGCACGCCACCCCGCCCAGCCUGCACCAGCAAUUCGUGCGCUUCGCCCCGGGCGUCGCCCGCCCCGCCACCGUCGAGCAGUACGAGCAGCUGCUGCAGCAACGACAGGCGCAGGCGCGCGGCGUCGAGGCGCCCGCGCGACCCUCGCCCGUUCCGGGUGGGCAGGCGGUGGCGCAGAAGGGGCAGAGCGGCCAAGCGGCGGGCGGCCAGAACGAGGAGGGCAUACCCGAUAACGUGACGGCCGAGCUGGAGAAGUUGGAGCAGGAGACGGGUACCAUGGUAGAACUCCAAGGCGUUAGCGAGAUCCUAGGAGGCCUAGGAGACGAUGAUGACGAACUGCUGGCUGAAAUGGGGGCCGACUUCAACAUUCUUGAAUACGCGGACCCAGAACUGGAGGCCCUGACCGGCGGCAAAACGAACAUACUCGACUUGGAGCUGGAAGAAGAGCCCAUGAAGAAAGACAAGCGAGAAGCUCCCAAAGUAGCGACGACCACAGCACAACAGCAACAAGUGCCCGUUUCGGCACCUAGUACUUCGACCGCCUCGUCGGUCAUCAAGAAAGAAGGCGUGGCACAGUUGCCUGCUAUGCAGCCACAGGAGGCUGCGCAUCCUCCUCCUCCGCCGCCGCCAUUGGUCGCGCCCCAAGCACAGCAACAGAUGCAGCAUGCCCCGCCCAGUGUACCUGCGCAGGCUCCGCCCACUCAGCAACCGCCGGCGCAUCAGCCGCAGUUUUUGACGCCACAGCAAAUACAUCAACAAAUGUUGCAUCAGGUAGAGCAAGCAGCUGCACAGGGUAGACCGAUGCCUCCCGGUUCGAGAAUGCAAACUCCCGAUGGCAUAAUCGGUGUUGUUAUGCCCAACAAUACUGUGCAACUUCAGGUUCCACAAAAUUACCAACAGAGAUUGUUACUUCUUCAGCAACUACAAAAUCAAAAACUCCAGAUGAGGCUGGGCCAAUCGAAUCCCCGUAUGGGCUCGCAGGUGGGAGCUAAUCAGCAAGUGACAGGCAUGACAGCUGGCCCGCGAGUCGCGGCUCCCCCUCCCCCACCCUAUCCCGGACCGCCCCCACCGUAUCCAGGCAACGCUCAGCAACAGCAGCAACCGACGGGCUUGAGAAUGGGGCCUGGUCUCCUUCCGAUGGGACACUUUCAUCCCGCCACACCACAGGGUUAUCCAAUGCAUCCACACUUGCAGCGGAAACCCCUACUCCUGGAGGAAAAGCGGGAGCAAGAGAAGUUACAGAAUCAGCCUUCGAAUCAGGAAGUCUCGUCUUCCACAGGCGUCGAAAGUGAAUCCGCUUUGAUGAGCGAUCACGAUUUCGAAAGACUCAAGGCGGACGUUUUCAAUAGUGGGCCGGUCGGACUUGCUACUAAUAAUCAAGGAAAUAUCCCUCACCAGCCCUGGCAACAAACUCAAAAUCGUCCAGUUCCUACCGCUACCCCCCAACCCACUAUGGAAAUAACCACGAGGGUACAAAUGUUCAAUGCAAAUCUGAUACCCGCACCCCCAUUACCUCCUGAAAACAUAAUUAAUGAACAAGACAAGCAGGCUCAGAUGCUGUACGAACAGUGGUUGAACCAUCAGAAUAACGUGUUAGGGCAACAACUGCGCUACUAUGAGACCGAGGUUCAAAAGCUAAGAAAAGGCAGAAAGUCUCUCAAUAGUAAACAGCGACAGUUGAGAAAAUCUGGCAACCAGUUAACUGAAACUGACGCUGCAGAACUUCAGAGAAUUGCUGCUGAACAGGCAAUACUGCAAAAGCACCUGGAAUCGAGCAGGAAGCAAAGCCGCCAGCAUGGAAUGCUCAUCCAGGAAUACCGCAACAAGCACCCCGCCAAGCAGCGCCCGCCCGAGCAGAUCCACUCGCCUCUGGGCGCCUCCCAGUCGCCCAUGAUGUCGCCGUCGGCCUCUCCUCUGACGCACCACAGCCCGAUGAACAGCCCCGGGCCGAUCGUCUCGCCGUCGCCGGGGUCGAUGCAGGGCGUGCUGCAGAGCCCGGGCGGUGGGAGCGGCAUGUCGCCCAGUCCGAGGAUCGGAACGCCGCAUUCGCAAAGUGAAGGAAGUCCCGGUUCUGUGCAAUCGCCAUCACAAGUUUGCCUUCCUCCGCCAGUACCUCGAAUGACCUCACCUCAACACCGACGAGUGGUAACUAGCCCUGGCGCAGUUCCCCAGAUGCGCUUUGUUAGCAAUGCUCUCCAACAAAGGGUACGAAUGCAAUCCCCCAUGCAAAACUUUCAACAGAAACCAGGAACGCCUUCUCCUCUACACAGUCCCACAUCCCAACAAAUGAAUAUUAAUCAGCUUCAACUCCAGAAGCAAUUGCAGCACCAAGCAUUGUUGCAACAACAACAGCAGCAGCAACAACAACAACAAGGAUUGGACUCUAGCCAGAGUGACCCAAAUGUCUUGCACUCUCAACGAGCUGUCCAAUUGCUGCAACACAGAAACCUCAUAAGGCAACAAACACAGCAGCAGCAGCAACAACAACAACAGCCAAUUGGUCAGCCCCAACCUCUAACUCCCCAACAACAUCAGAUAAUGCUUCAACACCAGAAGCAACUAGCUCAGCAGCAGCAGCAACAGAUAGCUCAGAUGCAAGCAGCUAGGCUUCAACAACAGCAGCAGCAACAAAAUCCUCCACACUCUCCACUACCUCCCAAAAGCCCGAUGGUGAAUCAACAAAUAAUGUCUCCACACUCCAUGCCACCGUCGCCAAUGCAAAUGCCGCCAAAGAGCCCGAUGGUGGCUUCAUAUGGAAACAACCAACCCAACCCCAACUCUCCAGCUGCUAGGAGCCCCGCUUUUCAUCAAGGCGUAGGACAACCUCCGAGCCCUAUGACUCAUGGUCAGUAUCAACCCCCCAGUUCUCCCAUGCCUAGGAGUCCCAUGGUUAGCCAGAAUCAAUCGCCUCAUGGUAUGAGGAGACCCCCUAGUGCAAAUAGUAGUCCUGCUAUGUCUGAUCGACCCCAUAGUGAGGAAAAUCUUAGUGCUCCUAUUUCUAGGACACCUUAUAGUAUUGAACACUUGAUACAGGACUCCAUGCAAAAUCAGAACCAUAAUAUACAGUUUAAUAAUGACAUGGUGAAUAAUCAAGUGCAUUUUGGCAAUGAUUCUAGUAGCCAGAAUAUGUUCAGAGAAAAUAUGCAGACUGGUGGUGGCAACCCCAAUAACCCAUGCAACCCUAUACCUGCUCCUUCUUGUUUUGGAAGAUUUGGUUAUAUCAAACUUGGCCUGAGAGGUGGGGCGCCUAUGUGGAACUAUGGAAGAGGCGCCAAAAGAAUACCAACACCUCCUAACACGGUUAACAAACCUGAAGAAAAACCAAACGCUACUCUUGAUUUGUCCAACAUUCAAAAAACGAGGAAAGAGUUACAUUUGAACAAAGUUUCUAUUCUCAAAAAGAAGGCUUCCACAAAUUUCCAGGAAAAAGUUGGUUCUUUAGUUAGCACUGAUUAUGAUAAUACAGAUGACAGCUCUUGUACGCCUCCAGAGACACCUCCUACUAUGUCGUCGGGUAGUAGAGGGACAGUUCAAAAAUCUUUACCUAGAAAAACGAUGGAACACUCGACGAAAGAGCCUGUACUGGUUCUUCAUAGUCCCGAAAAUAAACAAAUGGACAUGAUGGAUUAUGAUGACGAUACGAACACUGUACUAUCAGCUGAAGUUUCUCUGAGUUCUACAGCACAGAAUGACCAUGAUGAUAUGGUAGAAAUUGAAACUUUAUCCCAACAGGACUUAGCAGAAGGUUUGUCAAGUCCAUUGGAGUCUGAUCAAAUCCCAGAUGAGUAUCUCUUGUUUCCUGGAAAUAUGGUAGUGGACAUGUCAGGUGGCAAUCACUAUUCUGAUAAAGAUGAAGAAGAAGUAGAAGAAGAAUAUGCAGGCGAGAAUAUGCAUAUUGUAAUUAGAAGUCCUACAACUAGUGACGAUGAAUUUAUAAUGCAAGGUAAAACCAAGAAGUAUGAAAUGGUGCCGCAUCCUGAUGAAUUCAUGAAUAGAGAAGGGCCUGAAUCACCAGAUCAAGAGGAAGCUGAUGAAGAAGUUAUGACUAACUUUGAGGAAUCUGACUUAGUAGUUCUCGAACAAAAUAAAUCGCCUGAAGAUUCUAUUUCGACUAAAGAAGACUUUGAAGAACUUAUUGAUGAAGGGUCAAGAAAAAACAAUAUGACCAAAAAAGAUAAUGACAUUCAUAAGUUCGCUAACACAUUCAAUUACACCAAUAAUGCACAACAAACAACUCAGGCCCAUAAUCCCAGCACUAGUAGAGUAGCGACUGUAACUCAAAAAGUGUCUCCUAAGAUUUCUCUAAUCAAUAGCCCUGUUGUUCAUUCUUUGGCUAAUAAAUCUAACACGGAAAAAAUUAUAAUAACACCAAGCACAAAUCCUCAAUCACCAAAGGUAACCAGCAUAAUUUUAACACAUAAUUCUAGUGUGAGAGGAAAUGUGUUGAAUGUACCAAAAAUUGUUACCUCGGUUUCACCGGCCAUCACAAUAGUCAAUGCUAGUACAUCACAAAUAGCCUCGAUUUUACCAUCGAAAUUCACUGUACCUGUCAUAAGUGCCAGUGCUGUACGUCAACUAUCAAAUGUCAAAGUUAUUGAUAAGUCUAGUUCAUCUUUAUCUCUUAGUACUCAUGAUAGUGCCUUACCCAAACAAAUUUUCGAGGAUGAUUCUGUGUCGCCAGACAGCUCUAACUAUGAGGAUGACAAAUCCAAAGAUUCUUUUGACUAUAAACCAAAGUCAUCUUCACCGGAACAAGAAGGCAAACAACCAUUGUUUCCUAAGUCUGUUGAAGUUAUUAAUAUGAAUUCUGUUAAAAAGUUGGGGGUCGAGAGUAAAUCCAGAGAGAAUCAUGAAAAACCAACAUCAAAGAAAAUCGAACACAUUCAUAUUACUAAUUUGGUCACUAAAGGAAAUAUUCAGAAACAUAGGGUGCCAAGUCCUAUCAUUUCCAAAACUUCAUCUCCAGUCAUAAUCCAUAACACUCCUGAACUGAAAAUGACAGCUCAGGUCAUCCAGGAGACGCAGACACAUAUGCAGAUGAAUGCCACCGCAGAGACUAUACAUUCUUACGAUGAUGGUUCAGGAGACACCAAAUCUGUAGUAAUUUCCAUUCCGUCACCUACACCAUCGCAAGAACAAAUGUUAGAUAAUAUUGCGUUGCAAGCAUUAGAAAAUCGAAGAAGAGAAUUUGAAUCGUUUGAAGAUGUUCUUGACAUGAUUGAAAAUAUCACGGCAGAACCACCCGCAAUUUUGGAAGAAAAUGUCCGUUCAAAGGAACCUGAAGAAAGUAAAAAGAAAGAGGCAGAGACGAAAGAGACGAAAGAAGUUAUCACAAGCAAAACUGAGACAGUUAACGUAUCUGCAAAUGCCAAAUCCAAUAUUCCUCAACUAUCUCCUCUUUCACAACCCACUGACUUGACAACCAAUAUGGCCAAUGCCUCCCAACAAUUGAGAUCUUUGUUGUCAUCAUUACAAACUACUUCGACUUCUGCUGUCACAAAUGUAGAGUCUGUUGUAAAAAAUUUUGGAAAUAAGGUUGUUAGUAGUAGUGCUUCGCCUACAGCUAUGCAACCUAUAGUUGCUUCGAGGAUCAUUCAACAAGCUGGAAGACAGUCUCCAAAUAUUACAAAUGUCAACACUGUUAUCGUUCCCAAUUAUAAACAAAAGGUAUCUUCAACAAAUAAUCCCAGGGGUAGUCCAAAUAAACCACAAGUCUCAACCAAUCAACAGGUGACAACAGCUAACAAUGCUAGCACUACUUUAAAUUCACUGACUAGCAGGACUAUGGGUGGUAUCAAUUUAAUGCCUGACCAUCCAAAGUUGCCACCAGUAUCAACAGUUAAUUCGGUCCAACAAGUUUCCUCAACAGUAACUAAACAGUCUAACACUGUUCAGAAUACAGCAACUAAUAGUGAAACGAGAAAACCUUCGUUGACUUUAACAGCCAUGUUACAAAAUCAGCCUGCUGCAUCAACUACUACUAAAUCUACUGCUGAUACUAUUACCGCAGCUAGUCUUCUUGGUUCUCCAAUCAGUUUACCAAGGACGGGAUACACUACUGCUUUAGUACAAGCUCAACCAAAUGCCGUCAUACCAGCUGUUAGUACUAAUACUUCAUUGUCUAAUACUCAUAAUCAAGUAAUGUCAACCAUAUCCAACAUGAUAAUGAAGACCUCAUCUGAUACCUUCACAGCAGCUACUCUUCUCAGUUCUUCCAUGCAUUUGGCAAAGUCGAAUUCGACAACAUCUCUGGCACAAACUCAAUCUAAUGUAGUAGUUUCUGCUAAAAGCUCUAAUGCAACGGCAUCUGCGGUUGCUAACUUGAGCCAUAACUCUGUAAUCACACCAAGUUAUAGACCUGUUACUUCUACCAAUUUAUUGCAUACCCAGCUAACAAGAGUUGUGAGAGCAAAAUCUUUAGAUGAAACUAAAGAGACCAAAACUGAAGAUCUAAAGCAGGAUGCAAAUGAGGGUCUUGUCACAACUUCGGAAGACAUUAAAGCAUCAAUAGCCAACUGUAUCAAGCAAGAGCUUGCUAGUGGUCGGUAUUCGGGUAUAUACACACCCCUCUCAAACAGAACUGACGAUUCCCAGAAUGUUUUACUGAAAAAGUUAUUGCAAAAUACAGCAUGUGCUAGCACCCAGUCUCCUCCGCCUAACUCUGCGAGUACCACUAUCACAUCAGUACCAUCUGUAGUGACAAGAAUGCCUAUUAGGGAAACUUCGUUUGUAUCAAGCCCCCCUGUGGAACAUUCAACUCCUCAACCUGCAGCAGCAACAUCUACAGUCUCGACAAUGCCUACUCAGCAGUUACACAUAGAUGUCAAGAAAAGUUUACCACCUUCCAGGACACCUAGUAGAGAUGAACUUCUUUCGCCUCAAACACCAAGGUCUUCUUGUAGCCAAGACUCAAGUCUGCAGACACCUCCGAUUGUGAUAAAAAAGGAAUCGUCAAGCGUAACACUGCCCCAACCUAGUCCUAUACUCUCAUCACAUGAAGUUAAAAAAGAGCUGAUGGAUGAGUCGUCACAACAUUCUGAGGUAUCAGACCACAGUCGGUCUGAUAUACAGAUCAAAGAGGAAAUGGAUUCGCUAGAGAGCUCUGCUGAAAAAAUAAUGCUGGAUAAAGAGGAGCUAAAGAAGCAGAAGAGGAGGAUGUACCAACAGAAAAGGAGACAAAACUUGAUUCUCAAUAAAGAAUUAGCAGGACAACCUAAAAAACGACCAAGGAAGAAUUCUAAGAUUGAAGAAGAUUAUGACACCUACAUUGAUGGCGUAUUGACACAACUAAGGCAGUUGCCAGCGAUGAAUGUUUCAGAACCUGUACUGAACCGAAACUAUGGGAUAGUAGCUGUUAUUGGAGCCGGUGAUAUGUUGAAACUCGGUACCAAAAAUUACUCAUCCCAAUUCGGGGAUUUGGUAGGUAGCUACGGCAGUGCCGAUUUACCUGGAUUUUCUGAUUUCUACUCCACAAAGCCAUACGGCAUUUUAGAUCGCUUGCCAGAAAAACCACCUAUAUCUACUCAAAGAGGCUUCUAUGACCAAGAGUUUCCUCUGAUCAGAUUUGACACUGAUGAUCCCAAGAAAUUCGAUAUGUUCUGCAGAGAGGAUACUCCCGAUUCUAUUCUGAGCAGUUCUUCACCUGAGUGUGUGCGGAUGGAACCUAUUCAGAAGUUCCUGGGGUUGAAGUUGAUCAGUGAUGAUGAGGAUGAUGAUAAAGAGGGUGAAUUGGCGGAGCUUAAAAUUAAGGGGAGGAUAUCACCAGUGGUGCCGAUGAUAAAGCCCAUACCAAUCAAAUUGAAAGCUGCUGGAGGAUUAUAUCUACGGGAACUUGCAGUUGAUAAUAAAGAGAAUAUCGAUACUGAACUCUUGACAAAGACAAAAUCCGAAGAUAAACCUGAUACACCAGUCAAAGAUUCCGGAAAUGUUACGGUUACCCUAACACUUACUUCUUCUGCUGCUGAAGAUAUAAUGGGUGUUCUCAGGGAUCUGGCAAAUAUUCUACACAUUCCAGCUCCUACUAGUUAUCAAAUCGUGGAGAGAACUAGUACACCGCCAGGUCAAAAAUUAGGGCUCUAUAGAACCAAAGGUAGAGAUGGAAAGGAAGGAGCACCAAUUGACAUACAGAGUAUACUAAAUGGAGAUGCCAAAUUUUGUAAACACUGCGAUGUUGUUAUCUUGAAUAACAUGAUAAGGCGUAAACUCUCCGAUUUACCUUUUCUUGCCAAAGAUACAGAACUUAUUAGUGAUGGUGAUGAAUUAUACUUCUGUAGUUCGACUUGUUACAUGCAGUUUGCCUUGAUGCAUAGAUCACCUUCAAUAUCUGAAGAUAAGGCUGCUGAAAUCAUCGAUCAUUUGUCACAAAAAGACAAAUUGGAGGAAAAACAUAAAGUUAUUGAUUCAUUUGACAGCAAAUCUAUCAUAGCUCAGAGAUUAACACUUGGAACUAAAGAAAUAAAGAAAGAAUUCCACUCUGCAGAUGUCAAAGAUUUUUCAUCUUACUUCCAAAAUUUCGACAAUAAGCUGGGUAAAUUCCAAGAUAAUAUGGAUUUCAAACAUCUUCCCAUGAAAAUGUACAAGAAUGUUCGAUACAAGUGUUGGAUUCCUGGUUGUCUGCAACCUACCCAAAAACAUAAAAGACCAACGGAUAAGGAAAUCAUGGAACUGCUAUACCGACUGCAGAUUACUGUAACACCAGCAAUUAUGCCUGAAGAUACAAGAAAGUGCAUGUUUUGUCAAGGUAUUGGGGAUGGAGUAGCUGACGGUCCAGCACGACUUCUGAACUUUGAAGUAGACAAAUGGGUUCACUUGAACUGCGGAUUAUGGUCUGAUGGGGUAUACGAAACGGUCAAUGGAGCCCUCAUGAACCUAGAAAAUGCCAUCUCAAUGAGUCUUACCACUACCUGUAUAUACUGCAGCAGGAUAGGUGCUACCAUAAGAUGUUUCAAAAAUAGAUGCUCGAGCGUUUAUCAUCUGAACUGCGCUGUGAAGGACCACUGCGUUUUUCACAAGAACAAAACUGUAUACUGCGCAGCCCAUAUACCAAAGAAUGAAAAGGACAAUGAGCUGACAACACUGUCAGUUUCGCGCAGAGUUUACGUAAAUAGAGACGAAAACCGACAGGUGGCUUCUGUCAUGCACCAUUCCGACACCAACAACAUUCUAAGAGUGGGCAGUUUAAUCUUCCUGAACGUCGGCCAUCUAUUGCCACACCAAUUACAAAACUUCCACAACUCCAAUUACAUAUACCCCAUCGGCUACAAAAUCAUAAGGUUCUACUGGAGCAUGCGGCGAGUGAACAAACGAUGCAAGUACAUCUGCUCGAUUUAUGACGCGUGCGGCAGGCCCGAAUUCGGCGUUCUCGUGCAAGAGCAACCGGAAGAGGACGUCGAAUUCAAAGAGUCCACCCCGAAAGGCGCUUGGCAACACAUCUUGGACAAGCUGGCCGCCAUGCGGAAGGAGGAGGACUGCCUGCAGAUGUUCCCGAAAUUCGCCACCGGCGAGGACCUGUUCGGCCUCACGGAGCCCGCCAUCGUGCGCGUGUUGGAAAGUCUGCCGGGCAUCGAGACGCUGACCGACUACAAGUUCAAGUAUGGGCGCAACCCGCUGCUCGAGCUGCCGCUGGCCGUCAACCCGUCGGGGGCGGCCAGGACGGAGCCGCGCCUGCGCAGCCAGAUGCACUGGAAGCGGCCGCACACGCAGCGAACGUUCGGCGGCGGCGGCGCGCGGCCGCUCUUCGGGCCGGCGAGCGGCUCGCCCGCCUCCGGGGCGACUGUGGGCGAGCUGGCCUGCCCCUACAGCAAGCAGUUCGUGCACUCGAAGAGCUCGCAGUACAAGAAGAUGAAGCAGGACUGGAAGAAUAACGUCUAUUUGGCGAGAUCAAAAAUUCAAGGAUUGGGGUUGUAUGCAGCGAAGGACUUGGAAAAACAUACAAUGGUUAUUGAAUAUAUUGGAGAAAUAAUCAGAACUGAACUUGCUGAAUGCAGGGAAAAGCAAUAUGAUGCUAAAAAUCGUGGCAUAUAUAUGUUCAGGCUUGACGAAGAGAGGGUGGUUGAUGCGACUCUAUCUGGUGGUUUAGCCAGAUAUAUCAACCAUUCUUGUAACCCGAAUUGUGUAGCCGAACAAGUGGAAGUUGAAAGAGAUGUUAGAAUCAUCAUAUUUUCGAAACGUAGGAUACAAAGGGGCGAAGAGCUAUCUUAUGAUUAUAAAUUCGACAUUGAAGACGAUCAACACAAAAUUUCGUGCAUGUGUGGUGCACCGAAUUGCAGGAAGUGGAUGAACUAAACAAAUUUAUUUUUACUCAAUGUUUGUACAAAAUCGUUGAAACGUUGGCCCUUGUACAUAACGUAUUUUUUAUUUUGUUGACAUGCUUAUAUCAAGCUGACAAAUGGAGUGCCAUUUCCAAACGACAGUCUAAUGAUAUACAUUCCAUGAUUUUGUUAUAUAGUGAUAAAUAUGAAGUGAGCGCAUUUAUAUAAUCCGGAUGUUCGUUAGUUAGGUAAUUUCUAUUGUACUAUUAAUCAGAAAGCAUCCUGUAUAUUUUGAUAUGUAGCUAAAGCAGUUGUGCUUGGGAUAGGGACCAAACAGGGGUUUAUCAUCAUUAUAAGAGGAACUUACAAGAGUUAUCUAGUUACUUCUAGGCCAAUUUGUUGCACCUUUAUUACCUGGUGAGCUCUUUUCAGAUAACACAUUUUAUUUAAUUGCAUUCAAUAAUAGUAGUUUUCAGCUCAAAAUUACAGGGUAAUCACUCAUUCACAGUCACAUUUAAUUGAUAUACUUUCAGUAUUUUAUUGUCCUCAAAGUCAACAAUUAUUUUAUGUAUUAUUUAAUUAUUUUCUGAAUCUUCUACCACUUGCCUUGCCUUCUACAUUUUUCAUCAACUAUAUUUUCAUAUUUUUAUUAUUUUUCAUGUGAAAAGAGCCAUUAUUGUCUGUCUUUAUGACACAUUAUUUAUUUUUAUUUUAUUAUGUUUAUUAUUGUUGUUGAUAAUCUUUAAACGUUGAAGAUUUAUACUCCUAGUUUGUUGGCUAUUCUGCACAAAAAUAUAGCUUCUACCGUCUUAAUACUAUUUUAUUCAAACAAUGAGAAUAAUUGCUGUGCAAUAUGAUUUUUACAUAUUAUAUUAUAUUAUAGAGUACCUACUCCUCAGCCGCAACGAUUUAUAUGCGGUUACAUUUGUGGGACUAAGUCCUGAACUCUGUUAAAUUUUGCUUCUUUAGUCAUGUAUAUCGUUUCGAUUUUUAUUUACUUUAUAGAUUUAGUUUAUCAUUCUAUUUUGUCGAUUUGUACGAUAGGUUAUACAUUAUUUUUAUUAGAAAAGUGACAAUCACUUAUAGAAGAAUAAUUAUCAAUAUAUUUAACACAAUAGAUGUUGGUUUGUUCAUGUACAAAUAAAAAUUAUUUGUAUAUAUUAAAAUAUUGUAAAUACAAAUAAAUGAUAGAAUUGUAGUUCUUA